GCUAUACAUGUAGAUGGGGAGACUCUCGAGGUGGUGGGCUUGGAGCCAGCUACGUGGUAUGAAAUUCGCAUCUUGGCACAGUCUCCAGCUGGCGAAACGCCUGCCCUUUAUCGAGCUGCUACAAGGUCACUUGCGGGAGAUCAGAUAGGCGAACCAAUAGACUUGCCGGUGGAAGCACGUCUAAGCGACGUAGAGGAUGAAAUAGAAGUUCGGAGUAGUGGAUGGGGGCGGACGGGGUUGUUUAGCGCACUAGGGGGUGGUGCGUUAGCCUUGCUUCUCGCAGCGACAAUACUCUUGGCGUCGUUACGGCGAACGAGUGGUCCAACGCCGCCCCCGACAUUGCACAAUGGAAAGUCCAUAGAUCCACCUUUAGAUGACUGUGACGAAAUAAGCCCAUACGCAACGUUUAGUAUGUCGGGAAGUGACUCGGCGCGCGGGGCGAGCGCAGCGCGUGCGUGUUCUUUACACGUUCGUUCGCUUCCACGCUCGCCACUCGCGCUAGCAGCGCCACCAAUGCGUCAUCAUUUACUUGCUCAACCUAAUGAGUACGGCACAUGCGGUAGCGUACGCGACACAGACAGUGAGUCAAGUGGUUCACCAUGCGCCGCGUGCGCCGCUGAGCUCUACCGUCUGCCCGCUGCGCACCUUUCAGAUACACUCCCAGCGGGUGCAACUACGGCUGCCGAAUCCAGCACAGAGGAUGGCUCGUAUAGCUCCCGUCACUUGCGUCCUCGAGAUAUACGAGACACAAAUUCUCGUGACACCCGAGAUACGCGUGACUUGAGGGACGGGCGUGACACGCAACAGAGACGUGCACGUAGAAUAGCGCGUUCACAGCAACCGACCAUAAGGUAUGCGGGAGCCGUCGCAAAUUGUGCACCGGAGAGGAACUGUACAUAAUAUUAUUAUGUUUGGGAACUUGUUUUUUAUUGACCG